ACCGGCGAGGGUCCGCUCGGCCGCGCGCCCCUGGGCCCCCGCCGCCGCCGCCGCCCGCGCCCAGCCGGCAUGAACCGCAAGAAGCUGCAGAAGCUGACGGACACCUUGACCAAAAAUUGCAAGAACUUUAAUAAAUUUGAAGUGAAAUGUCUUAUAGAUCUUUUUUAUAAUUUGAUGGGAGAAGUAACAGAGCGGCAAGGUAUCACCAUUGGACUAGAUCGCAAUGCAUUUCGAAACAUCCUGCACAUGACAUUUGGAAUGACAGACGAUAUGAUUAUGGACAGAGUAUUCCGAGGUUUUGAUGAGGACAACGAUGGUUAUGUAAACGUAUCAGAGUGGAUUUAUGGAUUAUCAGUAUUUCUUCGAGGAACUUUGGAAGAAAAAAUGAAAUAUUGCUUUGAAGUGUUUGAUUUGAAUGGUGAUGGAUUCAUUUCAAAGGAGGAAAUGUUCCAUAUGUUGAAGAACAGCCUUCUCAAACAGCCAUCUGAAGAAGACCCUGAUGAAGGAAUUAAAGAUUUGGUUGAAAUAACACUUAAAAAAAUGGACCAUGACCAUGAUGGGAAGCUGUCUUUCACAGACUAUGAACAGGCUGUGAGAGAAGAGACUCUUCUACUGGAAGCUUUUGGACCAUGUCUACCUGAUCCAAAGAGUCAGAUGGAAUUUGAAGCCCAAGUAUUCAAAGAUCCAAAUGAAUUCAAUGACAUAUGAAUACCUAAAUGUCUGUGUUGUCUCGAGAAACUUGAGGAAACUGGAGUUUAAGAAAAUCAAGAAACUCCCUAAAUAUCCUAACCUGGUCAAGAAUAAAGCCAAGAUUUAGACCUCGUCCAGUUCUAACAUUGAAGACCUUCCUGUAAAGCAAUAUGUGCUCUUUUAGCCAUAUGUACUCCUGCGGUUUGAAAUUACUGAGCACCCCUGCUUCCUAAAGAAUCUUCAAAUUGCCCCUUCAAGGCUCCCUGGUGGUGCUCUGUACUUGGCAUGUUAGUGAGUGAGACCGUUGACAACUCUCUCCAAGGCACUGUUCUUAUCUGGAAAUACCUUAGAGUUUUCUUUCUUUAGUUGAAAUUUCCCAUUUGGAUGUGAAGGUGCCCACUUUGGGAACCAAUAGGAAUCUAGACAUUGGACUGGGACCUUGCCUUGUCAAGAGUCCACACAUGGUGAAUGGGGUUCAUGAAUAGUGGCCAAGCUGUCAGAUUCUGUGGCUCUGUGGUCAGUACAAGAUUAGAAGUGAGAUGAGGGUCCACCAACCAUGGAAGGAGAAAGCAGAGGCUGAUACCAUUGCUGAUUUGUGAGGGAAAGGACAGAAAUCCUUCAGGAAGGAGAAGAAAGGGCUGGACUCCUCAAAUAAAGAAUGUU